GCCGCCACCUCUGUCUCGCUGCUCCUGGGCGGGGGGUGAGGACGAGUCCGGAGUAUCUGGGGUUUGGCGUUGUUGUCAGCCUCGGGGAGAGAGAUUGGACAAAUAUUCUCCAAAAGGAGGAGGGCGACGCCAAGGACUUUCCACAUCAACUGCUUUGGGGUUUCUCCACAAGUUGGAGGAGAGACCCUUUCGUUUUGCAUUGCGUGUGUUGUGCUCAUUGCCAGUGCAGCGACUGCUGUCCAAGGGUGACUCUGAAUUGUCCUUUUUGCUAGCAAUGGCUAGCGAAGACAAUCGUGUCCCUUCCCCGCCACCAACAGGUGAUGACGGGGGAGGUGGAGGGAGAGAAGAAACCCCUACUGAAGGGGGUGCAUUGUCUCUGAAACCAGGGCUCCCCAUCAGGGGCAUCAGAAUGAAAUUUGCCGUGUUGACCGGUUUGGUUGAAGUUGGAGAAGUAUCCAAUAGGGACAUUGUAGAAACUGUCUUUAACCUGUUGGUAGGAGGACAGUUUGAUUUGGAAAUGAAUUUCAUUAUUCAAGAAGGUGAGAGUAUCAACUGUAUGGUGGACCUACUGGAAAAAUGUGACAUUACUUGCCAAGCAGAAGUCUGGAGCAUGUUUACAGCUAUUCUGAAGAAAAGCAUACGGAAUCUUCAAGUCUGCACUGAAGUAGGCCUUGUUGAAAAAGUGCUUGGGAAAAUUGAAAAAGUUGACAAUAUGAUAGCAGAUCUUUUAGUUGACAUGUUGGGAGUGCUGGCUAGCUAUAAUUUGACAGUUCGCGAGCUAAAGCUUUUCUUCAGUAAACUUCAAGGAGAUAAAGGACAAUGGCCUCCACAUGCUGGGAAGUUGCUGUCUGUGUUAAAACACAUGCCUCAGAAGUAUGGUCCUGAUGCCUUUUUUAACUUUCCAGGAAAGAGUGCUGCAGCUAUUGCAUUACCUCCUAUAGCCAAAUGGCCGUACCAGAAUGGUUUUACAUUUCAUACAUGGCUUAGAAUGGAUCCUGUAAAUAACAUCAAUGUAGAUAAGGAUAAACCGUAUUUGUAUUGUUUCAGAACCAGCAAAGGUCUUGGCUAUUCUGCUCAUUUUGUUGGAGGCUGUUUGAUUAUAACAUCAAUAAAGUCAAAAGGAAAAGGCUUUCAACAUUGUGUGAAAUUUGAUUUCAAGCCACAAAAGUGGUAUAUGGUUACCAUAGUGCACAUCUAUAACCGAUGGAAGAAUAGUGAACUUCGAUGUUAUGUGAAUGGUGAACUGGCUUCCUAUGGAGAGAUAACAUGGUUUGUCAACACUAGUGAUACCUUUGACAAAUGUUUCCUGGGCUCAUCAGAAACAGCAGAUGCUAAUAGAGUAUUCUGUGGCCAGAUGACUGCAGUUUACCUUUUCAGUGAAGCUCUUAAUGCAGCUCAGAUAUUUGCUAUUUAUCAGUUGGGCCUGGGAUACAAGGGUACAUUUAAAUUCAAAGCAGAAAGCGACCUUUUCCUAGCUGAGCAUCACAAACUUCUAUUGUACGAUGGGAAACUCUCUAGUGCCAUUGCGUUCACGUACAAUCCACGGGCUACAGAUGCCCAACUUUGCCUUGAAUCAUCUCCUAAGGACAACCCUUCAAUUUUUGUUCAUUCACCACAUGCUCUCAUGCUCCAGGAUGUAAAGGCAGUUUUAACACAUUCCAUCCAAAGUGCAAUGCAUUCAAUUGGAGGAGUACAAGUACUAUUUCCACUUUUUGCACAGUUGGAUUACAGGCAAUAUUUGUCUGAUGAGGUUGAUUUGACUAUAUGUUCAACCUUGCUGGCCUUUAUCAUGGAAUUGUUGAAGAACUCAAUUGCUAUGCAGGAGCAGAUGCUUGCCUGUAAGGGCUUCUUGGUAAUAGGAUAUAGCCUUGAAAAGUCUUCCAAAUCUCACGUCAGCAGAGCAGUACUUGAACUUUGCCUUGCAUUUUCAAAAUAUCUGAGUAAUCUGCAGAAUGGGAUGCCCCUGCUCAAGCAGUUGUGUGAUCACGUUCUUCUUAAUCCUGCCAUAUGGAUUCAUACCCCAGCCAAGGUUCAAUUGAUGCUCUAUACUUAUCUGUCCACGGAAUUCAUUGGUACAGUCAACAUAUAUAACACCAUUCGGAGAGUUGGAACAGUGCUUCUCAUCAUGCACACGCUGAAGUACUACUACUGGGCAGUGAAUCCUCAGGAUCGAAGUGGUAUUACCCCAAAAGGAUUAGAUGGACCGCGACCUAGUAAAAAAGAAAUACUUUCUCUACGAGCAUUCUUGUUGAUGUUCAUUAAGCAAUUAGUGAUGAAGGAUUCUGGAGUAAAGGAAGAUGAAUUACAGGCCAUUCUUAAUUACCUACUGACUAUGCAUGAGGAUGACAAUCUAAUGGAUGUCCUACAGCUGCUUGUUGCAUUAAUGUCAGAACACCCUAACUCUAUGAUUCCUGCUUUUGACCAAAGGAACGGGUUACGUGUUAUCUACAAACUUCUGGCAUCGAAAAGCGAAGGAAUCAGGGUACAAGCUCUUAAGGCAAUGGGUUAUUUUUUAAAACAUCUGGCCCCAAAGAGGAAAGUUGAAGUCAUGCUUGGACAUGGAUUGUUUUCAUUGCUAGCUGAAAGGCUCAUGCUUCAGACAAAUUUAAUCACAAUGACCACAUAUAAUGUCCUGUUUGAGAUUCUUAUAGAACAGAUUGGUACUCAGGUGAUACAUAAACAGCAUCCAGAUCCUGAUUCUUCAGUAAAGAUACAAAACCCUCAGAUACUGAAAGUAAUUGCGACCCUACUUCGAAAUUCUCCCCAGUGCCCAGAGAGCAUGGAGGUUCGCAGAGCCUUUCUUUCUGACAUGAUUAAACUUUUUAAUAACAGUAGAGAAAACAGGAGGAGCUUGCUACAAUGCUCUGUGUGGCAAGAAUGGAUGCUUUCUCUCUGCUAUUUUAAUCCUAAGAAUUCGGAUGAGCAAAAGAUAACAGAAAUGGUAUAUGCCAUAUUCAGAAUCCUGCUUUACCAUGCAGUCAAAUAUGAGUGGGGUGGCUGGCGUGUAUGGGUAGACACUUUGUCAAUCACUCAUUCAAAGGUCACUUUUGAAAUACACAGAGAAAACCUUGCCAAUAUAUUUAGGGAACAGCAAGGAAAAACUGAUGAAGAAAUAGGACUGUGUUCUUCAACUUCAGUUCAAGCAGCCUCUGGCAUUAGAAGGGAUGUUAACUUUUCAGUAGGAUCCCAGCAACCAGGUACGAAGGAUUCUCCUGUCUAUCCUCAUUUCACCACAAACGGUAAUGAAAAUUCAAGUAUAGAGAAGACAAGUUCACUAGAAUCUGCAUCUAAUAGUGAACUGCAAAUUACUAAUGCAUCUUAUGAAGAAAUGAAAGCUGAGCAAGAAAAUCAGGAGUUACCAGAUGAGGGCACUUUGGAAGAGACACGGACAAAUGAAACAAGGAAUGCAGGUGAUUUAGAAGUAUCUUCUGACUUAAUAGAAGCUGUGACUAUUUCCUCUAAUUCUUUUAUAACAACUGGCAAAGAUUCAAUGACUGUCAGUGAAGUAACUGCUUCUAUAAGUUCUCCUUCAGAAGAGGAUGCUUCAGAAAUGCCAGAAUUCUUGGAUAAGUCUGUAGUAGAGGAAGAGGAAGACGAUGAUUAUGUGGAACUGAAAGUAGAAGGCAGUCCUACUGAGGAAGCUAAUCUACCCACAGAGCUCAAAGAUAACAAUUUGUCUCCAGCUGCAUCGAAAGCCAGUGAAAAACUGGACAUGUUUGGUGAUGAUCACAAAUUAGUAUUUCAAGAAGGAAAACCUGCUGCUGAAAAGCAAACUGAUACUGAAACUCAAGAUUCUAAAGAUUCUGGAAUUCAGACUAUGACAGCAUCAGGGUCUUCAGUUAUGUCACCAGAAACUACUGUUUCCCAAAAAGCUGUAGAAUCAGACCUUGGUCAGAUUCUGGAGGAAGGGAAGAAAGCAACUAACCUCACUGCAGAAACCAAAUUACUUAGUGAUUGUCAUGGUAGUGUCUCUGAGGCUUCUUCUUCUGAGCAAAAGAUUGCCAAGUUGGAUGUUUCCAGUGUUACUACAGAUACUGAGAGGCUGGAGUUGAAGGCCAGUACAAACGUGGAAGCACCUCAGCCUCAUCGACAUGUGCUUGAGAUAUCAAGGCAACAUGAGCAGCCAGGGCAAGGAAUAGCACCAGAUGCAGUUAAUGGACAAAGGAGGGAUUCCAGAUCUACUAUGUUUCGUAUUCCUGAGUUCAACUGGUCUCAGAUGCAUCAACGUUUGCUCACUGAUCUAUUAUUUUCAAUAGAAACAGAUAUACAGAUGUGGAGAAGCCAUUCAACAAAGACAGUUAUGGACUUCGUGAAUAGCAGUGAUAAUGUCAUCUUUGUACACAACACAAUUCAUCUCAUCUCUCAAGUGAUGGACAAUAUGGUCAUGGCUUGUGGGGGUAUACUGCCAUUGCUUUCAGCUGCUACAUCGGCUACACAUGAACUGGAAAAUAUUGAACCUACUCAAGGCCUUUCAAUAGAAGCCUCUGUGACAUUUUUGCAGAGGCUAAUUAGCCUUGUGGAUGUGCUUAUAUUUGCAAGUUCUCUUGGCUUUACUGAAAUUGAAGCUGAAAAAAGUAUGUCAUCUGGAGGAAUUUUGCGGCAGUGUCUCCGACUAGUUUGUGCAGUAGCAGUAAGGAAUUGCUUGGAGUGUCAACAGCAUUCACAACUGAAAACUAGGGGAGAGAAAGCCUUGAAAACAAUACAUAGCCUUAUUCCCUUAGGGAAAUCUGCAGCGAAGAGCCCAGUGGACAUUGUGACUGGCGGUAUAUCUCCAGUAAGAGAUCUUGACAGGCUUCUACAGGACAUGGAUAUUAAUCGACUUAGGGCAGUUGUUUUCAGAGACAUAGAGGAUAGCAAACAAGCUCAAUUUUUAGCCUUGGCAGUAGUAUACUUUAUCUCUGUUCUUAUGGUCUCCAAGUACAGAGACAUUUUGGAACCCCAAAAUGAAAGGCAUAGCCAGUCAUUUACGGAAACUGGCAGUGAAAAUGGGAAUGUAUCACUCUCUGAAAUCACACCAGCAGCAUUCAGCACUUUAACUAUGGCAUCAGUGGAAGAAUCUGAAAGCACAUCAUCUGCUCGAAGGAGGGACUCAGGCAUUGGGGAAGAAACAGCCACUGGUUUAGGAAGCCAUGUGGAAGUAACUCCUCACACAGCACCUCCUGGAGUCAGUGCAGGCCCAGAUGCAAUCAGCGAGGUGCUAUCUACUCUUUCUUUAGAAGUCAAUAAGUCUCCGGAAACCAAAAAUGACAGAGGAAAUGAGUUGGACGCUAAGGCUACGCCGUCAGUUUCGGUUUCAAAAAAUGUCAAUGUGAAAGACAUUCUCCGAAGCUUGGUUAACAUACCAGCAGAUGGAGUCACAGUGGAUCCUGCCCUUCUGCCACCAGCCUGCCUUGGAGCCCUUGGUGAUCUGUCUGUGGAACAACCUGUGCAGUUCAGAUCUUUUGACAGAAGUGUCAUUGUUGCAGCAAAAAAAUCAGCAGUCUCACCUUCCACCUUUACUACAAGCAUACCUACCAAUGCUGUCAGUGUGGUUUCCUCAGCAGAUUCAGCCCAAGCCUCAGAUGUGGGAGGAGAAUCACCAGGCAGUAGAUCAUCUAAUGCAAAAUUGCCCUCGGUUCCAACAGUUGAUUCAGUUUCACAAGACCCGGUUUCAAAUAUGAGUAUUACAGAGAGGCUUGAACAUGCUUUGGAAAAAGCAGCUCCUCUCCUUCGUGAGAUUUUUGUGGAUUUUGCACCUUUUCUUUCUCGGACACUUUUGGGUAGCCAUGGACAAGAACUACUUAUAGAAGGAACAAGUCUGGUUUGCAUGAAGUCUAGCAGUUCAGUUGUGGAAUUGGUUAUGCUACUGUGUUCUCAGGAGUGGCAAAAUUCUAUUCAGAAGAACGCAGGCCUUGCUUUUAUCGAACUUGUCAAUGAAGGAAGAUUGCUUAGCCAGACAAUGAAAGAUCAUCUAGUAAGAGUAGCAAAUGAAGCUGAAUUUAUCCUGAGCAGGCAGAGAGCAGAAGAUAUUCACAGACAUGCGGAAUUUGAGUCACUGUGUGCCCAGUAUUCUGCAGAGAAACGAGAAGAUGAGAAGAUGUGUGAUCAUUUGAUAAGAGCAGCAAAAUAUCGUGACCAUGUGACAGCAACUCAACUAAUCCAGAAAAUUAUCAACAUUCUCACAGACAAGCAUGGAGCCUGGGGAAAUUCUGCAGUGAGUCGUCCUCGUGAGUUCUGGCGCCUUGACUACUGGGAAGAUGACUUGCGGCGCCGGCGACGAUUUGUGCGUAACCCUCUAGGAUCGACACAUCCUGAAGCGACACUAAAAACAGCCGUGGAACAUGCCACAGAUGAAGAUAUCCUUGCUAAAGGAAAACAGUCCAUCAAGAGUCAGGCUUUAGGAAAUCAGAACUCAGAAAACGAGAUCCUCCUGGAAGGCGAUGAUGAUACUCUGUCAUCCGUGGAUGAGAAAGAUUUAGAGAAUCUUGCUGGUCCUGUUAGCCUGAGCACACCAGCUCAGCUUGUGGCCCCCUCGGUUGUAGUAAAGGGCACUCUUUCUGUCACCUCCUCCGAACUCUAUUUUGAGGUGGAUGAAGAGGAUCCUAACUUCAAAAAAAUCGACCCCAAGAUCCUGGCGUAUACAGAAGGGCUGCAUGGAAAAUGGCUGUUCACAGAGAUACGAUCAAUCUUUUCUCGUCGUUAUCUUUUGCAAAAUACAGCCCUGGAGAUCUUUAUGGCAAACAGAGUUGCUGUAAUGUUCAACUUCCCAGACCCUGCAACAGUAAAGAAAGUGGUUAACUAUCUACCUCGUGUUGGCGUUGGUACAAGUUUUGGAUUGCCUCAAACCAGACGUAUUUCAUUAGCUAGUCCACGUCAGCUUUUUAAGGCUUCUAACAUGACCCAGCGAUGGCAACACAGAGAGAUUUCUAAUUUUGAGUACUUGAUGUUUCUCAACACGAUAGCAGGCCGGAGUUAUAAUGACUUAAAUCAGUAUCCAGUGUUUCCUUGGGUCAUCACUAAUUAUGAAUCAGAAGAACUGGAUCUUACCUUGCCCACCAACUUCAGAGAUUUGUCCAAGCCAAUAGGAGCCCUGAACCCAAAAAGAGCAGCAUUCUUCGCAGAGCGCUAUGAAUCAUGGGAAGACGAUCAAGUUCCAAAGUUUCACUAUGGUACUCAUUACUCAACUGCAAGUUUUGUUCUUGCAUGGCUGCUAAGAAUAGAACCUUUUACAACUUAUUUCCUAAAUUUGCAAGGAGGCAAAUUUGAUCAUGCAGAUCGAACUUUUUCAUCAAUUUCCAGAGCUUGGCGAAACAGUCAGCGUGAUACAUCUGAUAUUAAGGAGUUGAUCCCUGAAUUUUAUUAUCUCCCUGAGAUGUUUGUCAACUUCAAUAAUUAUAAUCUUGGAGUGAUGGAUGAUGGGACAGUAGUGUCUGAUGUUGAACUUCCUCCUUGGGCCAAAACCUCAGAAGAAUUUGUUCACAUAAACAGAUUGGCUCUGGAGAGUGAAUUUGUUUCCUGCCAGCUUCACCAAUGGAUUGAUCUCAUUUUUGGCUAUAAACAGCAAGGACCAGAGGCUGUCCGAGCCCUCAAUGUGUUCUAUUACUUGACCUAUGAAGGAGCUGUCAAUCUGAAUUCAAUAACUGAUCCUGUGUUGAGAGAGGCUAUUGAAGCUCAAAUCCGAAGUUUUGGACAGACUCCUUCUCAACUACUCAUAGAGCCCCAUCCUCCCAGAGGUUCUGCCAUGCAAGUGAGUCCAUUGAUGUUCACAGACAAAGCCCAGCAGGAUGUUAUCAUGGUCCUCAAGUUUCCCUCCAACUCCCCUGUUACUCACGUGGCAGCCAACACCCAGCCUGGUUUGGCAACUCCUGCUGUGAUCACAGUUACUGCUAACAGGUUAUUUGCCGUGAACAAAUGGCACAACCUUCCUGCUCAUCAAGGUGCUGUACAAGACCAGCCAUACCAGCUGCCAGUGGAAAUCGAUCCUCUCAUAGCCAGCAAUACAGGAAUGCACAGGAGGCAAAUCACUGACCUUUUAGACCAAAGUAUUCAAGUGCAUUCCCAGUGCUUUGUCAUCACUUCAGACAACCGCUAUAUUCUCGUCUGUGGCUUCUGGGAUAAGAGUUUCAGAGUCUAUUCUACAGACACAGGAAAAUUGAUCCAAGUGGUGUUUGGCCAUUGGGAUGUCGUCACUUGCCUCGCUCGUUCUGAUUCAUAUAUUGGGGGAAAUUGCUACAUUCUCUCAGGGUCACGUGAUGCAACUCUUUUGCUGUGGUAUUGGAAUGGAAAAUGCAGUGGGAUUGGAGAUAACCCAGGUGAGAUUGCUGCUCCUCGGGCCAUUUUGACAGGCCAUGACUAUGAGGUCACAUGUGCUGCGGUCUGUGCUGAGCUAGGCCUGGUGUUGAGUGGUUCACAAGAAGGACCAUGUCUCAUACAUUCCAUGAAUGGAGACUUGUUGAGGACCUUGGAGGGUCCUGAAAACUGCCUGAAACCAAAACUCAUUCAGGCUUCAAGAGAGGGUCAUUGUGUCAUAUUCUAUGAAAACGGCCUCUUCUGUACAUUCAGUGUGAAUGGAAAACUCCAGGCCACGAUGGAAACAGAAGAUAACAUAAGAGCCAUCCAGCUGAGCCGAGAUGGGCAGUACCUGCUCACAGGAGGGGACAGCGGAGUGGUCGUGGUCCGGCAGGUGUCGGACCUCAAGCAGCUCUUUGCCUAUCCAGGAUGUGACGCAGGAAUCCGGGCCAUGGCACUGUCUUAUGACCAGAGGUGCAUCAUUUCUGGCAUGGCUUCAGGAAGCAUCGUGCUAUUUUACAACGACUUUAACCGGUGGCAUCAUGAAUACCAAACCCGCUACUGAUGGUGACAGCUGUGCAUUCACUCUGCCCCUAGGACGAGCAGAAGUAUCUGCAGCAUCAUUCUCUUCCACCACAUCUGAAUGUAACUUAAAUUUGCUCAAAGAAGCAAAAUAUUUUUUAAAGUUAUUAAUAAUUGCUAUUUUUGUAGUCUUUGCUUGACUUUUUGGGGGGGAUUAGCAAAGCAGAAAACUGGCUGCUGGGUUCUGUAGUUUUAAAAAAUCUAUAUUUUUAGUCAUAAUGAGAAGUCUAUUUUCACCAAUUAUGGAAACGUACAGUGGAGCAAGUAAACCACUUAUUCCAGCUAUAAUAUUAUGAAGAACAUUUCCCAUGCAUCUACAAGCUUGAGAAAUAGGAUUUUCACAGUGGGGAAGUGGGUUACAAUAUUGGAAUAGAAAAAUUUGAUGCUGUAAUUUGGGUCCUGUGUUUUUCCAAACUGUGCUUCUUCAGCACUAAUAUUUCUGGGAUUUAAAUAGUAAUGUUUAAAUUAUGGUAAAUGUAAUUUAAAACAUCUCAGUUAAUUCUGUCACUAUUAUUCUUCAAGCAUGUUUUAGACCUAGAAAAGUAUGGUUUGGGGGAGGCUAUUUUAUUGUGUGGUUAGCACAAGGAAUCUAAUUUAUAGCAAGUGUGAAAUAGUUACCAUUUUUUUCCUGAUCUGUCAUCUUCAUUGCACAACAAAAUGAAAUUAUGGAAAUGCUCUUGAGCUCACAACAUUUGUUUUUCUUUUAAAGUAAAUGCAAGUACCAAAGCUCACUACUGCGGUUUGCCUGUGCCCGGACAAUGAGGCAGAGCCAUUGUUGGGGCACCCUCUUCCCUCCCUGGGUUUGCAAGUAGAGGCUACCAGGUGCUGUAUUCAGCAACACCUGUUUUACUAUUUGUUAUUCAACUAUCUCCACCUUCCUUUUGAUUAGCAAUUUGUACUAAGAAACAACGUUAUUUGGUGUUGUAUAAUUCUACUUUUCUAGUAGAUUACUGUGUGGAAUUCUGUGAAAAAUAUUUGAGAAAAGGCCUGUAUUGCAUAAAUAAAUUCUUUGUAUGUUGUGAACUUUGAUCUCUAUUUCUCUCGCAAUAGACCUCAAGUGGUCCCUCUUUUUUUCCUACACACUCAGCUAUUCUCUAAAAGCAAUGAUUUAGAAUGAACAAUUCAGUUUGACACAAAAAGCUGAAUAAAAUGGCAUCUGUAAUUGAAUUGUUGGAAAUGCCUUUUUUGCUCCUAAAUUUUAAACAUUAAUAAAAUCAUGAUUCACAAAGAAAA